AUGCCAAAGGAGUGGGAUAAACUCAUGGAGGCUGCAAAAAUCGUCGCGCAAACCGAGGAGUCACUCGCUGGUAACAAGAGUUAUUACUCUGAAGAUCGAUUCUCUAGAGGAAACACGCGCGACAACAACAAACGCAACAAAUACAAGAGUAACGACUGGAAGUCUGGGAGAUCAAGAGGCCACGACGACAGGCCGCGCUACAGGGAAGACGCGCGUGAAACAAUUGACCGAAUCGGUUACAAGAAAGCGGCUCCCAUGCCUAUGACAAACAAGAAGGGGCAAGACCCCAACUUGUACUGCGACUUUCAUAAAGACUCAGGGCACUUGACCGAUGACUGUUAUAGUUUGCGACAAGAAAUCGAGAGAGCGCUUAAAAGCGGUAAACUAAGCCAUUUGGUGAAGAACGUGCGCAAAGAAACUCGUCAGCUCCAGCGCCACGAUGAAGGGAACCACAAGAAAGUCCGACGCCUAGAGACUCACAUGGUCAACGGACCUAGAUAUAGCGCGAAAGAGAAAGGCAAGCGCCCCUAUGAGCCUUCUUGGCAAGAGCAACGGGUCAUUUUCCCGGUAGUGCGCGGGGGUCCUCGUGCCACACGACCCGUCGUCAUUAUCGGUAUAAUUGGUCAUUAUGAAACAGAGUACAUAUUCAUUGAUCCAAGAAGUACGGCAGACAUCAUUUACGAGUAG